AUGCGCUCUUCUGCAUAUACUCUACUUGUCUUAUUGGCAGUCACGUUGAUCAAUGGUAUUCCAUUUGCUACCGACAAUGGAGAUUCUGAUCAACAAGAAAUGCUUCACCGUAGUCUGCCUGAUUGUUUAUCAUGGUAUUGGACUCAACCUGAUCCUGCCAAAUUUCAAGCCCAAACAGUAAAACCGUCAUGCAGUAUUUCACCUACGUUUCCCCCCUUUUUGCCUGGUGGUUGGUCAGUAGAUCCAGGUUGUGAUGCAUCCAAACAACCAAAUACUUGUGAUUUACAUAAGGGUGCUCAUGGUUGCUAUCGGAAUGCUAUCUCUACAACAGGACCGGGUGCUCAAGCAUGUUAUGAUGUAAAUGGUCAAUGGAUAUCAGAUCCUUGGAAAGGCGCUGGCACACUUGAUGUAGAAACACCAUUGGGUGACGCUAUCCAACAAGGUUUACAUGUGGUUGUUGAUGUUUUACCAUAUUACAGUUGCUGCAAAACAUCACUCUUCUUUCAAAAAUCUACCUGCAAUCUUUACUAUAAAAGACGCCCAUCAGGACAAUGUCAAAAUUAA